CUUGGUUUUACUCUUGGCAAUGUGGUUGGGAUGUAUCUCGCUCAGAACUAUGAUAUACCUAACAUUGCAAAGAAGCUUGAAGAUUUUAAGAAGGAUGUGGAAGCUAAGAAGAAACCUCCCAGUGACAAGUCCUAAGAGAGCAGUGUUACCCAGAUCACCUCUGUCCGUGCAUCAAGGAUGCAAUUUACCCUUCAGGCAACAAAGAUCAAGUAGAGGGUUGGCAUGGGAGGUUCCUUCACUUUUAGUCUCCUAGAACGGAAUGUACCUCUUUUGAAAGAGCAGCCGUGAACUUUUCCUGGGCCUGAUUUUGAAGGGUUUCAGAAUUUGGAUUGGCAGCUGAUAUGUGACUGGAUAAGAUCAUUUGUAUUUUUCGUUAGUGCUUUUCCUAAUAUUUUGUAACCCAUUUUUACCUGAUCCAACUGGAGUCCUGUUAGUCCUGUUACUAUGCGUACCUUACACUUUGUAAUACCCUAGUUCUUAGAACAUUGCAAAAGAAAUUAAAUGCAUCAAGAAGUAA